GCCCUCUGCUGGAACGAUCACGCAAUACUUGAAUCAAACAUGUCACCGCCGACUAGUGUGGACCUUUAAAAUGAAAUGGAAAAGAUUUCCUCUCGUUGGCAGGUUCGUCUCAGGGGAUUAUUUGAGCUCAGACUCCCCGCAGAGACACUUUAAGAUCAGAAUCUCUCGCGGUUUGUUGUGAUUACCUCACGAGACUUUUUGUUGUUGAUCUCCAGGAAGCGCAAAAGCUCGGAUUGCACCUUUCCGUUUGUGCAAGGACGACGAAUAAACUUCAUUAAGCGCUUUUAUUCGAUUGCUUUCUGUGCUGAUAAUUCUAUUCCUUGCUCUCGCUAUUUCCGCUCCCCGGAAAUAUCCACUUGUAGAGUUUCUAAUCCACUUGUGGAGCCGCAGCGAGGCCUUUGUGUGGCGCAUCAUGCCCGUGUGCGUGUGAUAAAAGUAUCGCGUUUGUUUACAUUUGAACUUGAUUUGAUAUUGUGGGCUUGAGUUGAGCGUGAAUAUGCCCGGCGCGCGCGAGAUCGGGAUGAUGGGCGCCGCGCUCGCGCUCACGGGAGGAGUCGCGUGCGCUUUCUGCUAUCUGAUGCAUCAAACACAACAACCCAAGAAAAAAGUGAAGGACGAGAAAAAAGAACACGUGCAUAAAGCGACCAAGACCGAAACUGCGCAAAAGACGCCUAUAAUAUCAGAGCCCAGGACGGCAGGUACUCAGGUGCUGGUUUUGGGUCUGGACGGGGCGGGAAAGACCAGUUUACUGCACUGUUUCGCCACAGGCAGCCUGGAACAAGACGUGUGUCCCACUCAGGGCUUCAACGCCGUCUCCAUCAACAAGGAAGAGCUUCAGAUCGAGUUCUUAGAGAUUGGAGGCACAGAGAAGCUGCGUGAUUACUGGCGGAUGUAUCUGGGGAAAGCGCGUGUGAUGGUGUUCGUGGUGGACUCGUCUGACCCGGAGCGAUUCCCUCUGGCCAAACGCCUCCUCCAUCAGCUCCUGUCGGCCGACCCCUGCCUUCCUCUAGUGCUGCUCGCCAACAAACAGGACGUCCCCGGGGCCCGCGGGGUCACGGACCUGUACGAGGCGCUGGAUUUGGGCACGGUUGGCGACGGACACCGGCUCAGUGUGAUCGGCACUCGGGUGAAGAAGGGAAAGAGUGUGGCCAACACCGGUGUGCAGGACGCCCGUGACAUCAUCAUCGACAUGAUGGCGGACAACUGACCAUCGGCUGUGCGACUGAAGAUAGUUUCUGUGUCACAGUUAUUCAGGGCUUACAUUCACCAAAUGACAACCAGACCGCCUGUUUCUGUAGUAGAAGAGAGACUAGAUCAGAUAGUUCGGUCUUUUAAUCACACUAACACAUAAAAACGGAGCAUUUUGAAAAAGAUGCCAAAGAUUAUGAUGUUU